CCGUUUAUCUUCUCAUCCCUUCUCUCUCAUCCUUUGCUUCUCUUUCCCUUUCCCCCUCGUCCCAAAUUCACACGAUGAAUUUCUUCCGAACCGUCUUCUCCGACGACCUAACGCCGCCGGUCUCCCCAACGUCGGCUUCCGAACCUGAAACUGCAGCGUCCGAUUCCAACUCGGAUCCGGAAUCCAAUCCGCCGCCCCCAACCACCACCACCGCCAAUCUCGAUCCAUGGACCUUCGGCCUCAUGAUCCGAAAGCUAGCCACCAAAUCCGAGUCCGUCAUCGAGACCUACCGGCGCGAUCUGGAGGAGCUCGGAUCGGGGUUGAAGAAAGAAACCGCCGCGAUCCGAGACGUCGCCUCUCGCGCCGUCAAGGACCUCCCGGCUUCCCUGGAAGCCAGCGCCUCCGCCGCCCAGGAAUCGCUCGAGACCGUCGGGCAGGCGAUCGACGACAUCGGUGCCACAGUGUGGAAUUCCACGGCCCAGAUCAUCUCCCACGGUAGAGAUCUCUCUAACGCUUCUUCCCCUGAUUAUUACGAUCAUGAUUCCGAUUCUUCUAAUAACGGCGGCGGGAGGCGGGGAUCGUCUCUGCCGCUGAAACCCUACAGUAGAUACGAUGCGCAAUUGCUUGCUAUGCAGAGCAACUUGAAUACUUACUGUAGAGAACCGGAGGAUAAGGAGGGGUAUGAUGGUUGGAGAUUAGGGUUGCGGAGCUCCGUUGCGGAGGAGAAAAGGGACGAGAUUGAGAAACUUCUGACUGAGAAUGAAGUUGUUAGGGAGAUUUAUGAUGAGGUUAUGCCUAGUAAGGUGAACAUUGAGACGUUCUGGAGCAGGUAUUUCUACAGAGCGCAAAAGCUGAAGGAAGCAGAGGAGGCUAGAGCUAAGAUUGUUAAGCGGGUGAUAUCUGUGGAAGAAGAGGAUUUAAGUUGGGAUUUCGACGAUGAUGUAGAAGAUAAUGAUACUGCUGCUGAUAUUGAUGAUCAGAGAAAGGGCUCUCAGCUGAAUGAUGGAGGUGGUACUGAUGUAGAGCAAACAGAGAACUUUCAGAAAGGUGGGAAUGAAGAUGUUAGUGAAGGGACUAAGUUUGGGGGUGGAUUUGGGGACGAUCAAUACAGCGAUACGAAGGUGGAGAAGGCGGAUGGCAAUAAUGGCGGUGGUGGAGAGUCCUGCAAGGACAGUGAUGUUUCAGUUGUGUCGAGCCAGCAGUCUUUGGUGCCGGAGGUUGAGGAUUUGGGUUGGGAUGAGAUUGAAGAUAUUGGAAGCAAUGAUGAGAAGGCUGCAGGGGCCGGGAAUGCAGCAGCCACAAGUCGAGUUGAUUUGAGGAAGCGGUUGGGUUCUGCCGAUGAAGAGGAGGAUCUGAGCUGGGAUAUUGAAGAUGAAGAUGAGGAAUCUGUCAAGCAUUGAUUGGCUGGAGCCGAAUAUGGUUAGUUAGUUCCUCUAGUUCUUACUUGCUUAACCAGCAAUGAACUUUCCAGUAGCCCCAGGACCAGGAAUAGUUGCAUGUAAGGUGAUGGUUGAUUCAUUCAUUGCUGGAAGUGCUUUGAAAUGUAAAUACAUCUUCCAUUGUUUCCUUUUAUAAUUAUAGCACAUUGGUAGAAUUGAAGUUAUCCAAACUAAUGUUGCUUGCGAGGUUUGAAGUAAAAUAAAUAUAUAAAUAGUUGUGAUUCUCAUAAAUUUAUACAUAGUUA